CUGAAUACUUCUUGUGAGUGACACUCAUUUGGUAAACUCAAGCCUAGGUCCAACCAUGCAGCACAUCAGCUUUGCAGUAGUUUAUAUUGUAAUUUUUGGACUUUCGUCAUCCAAUUUUUUGGACUGUCAUCUUCAAGAUACAGCUUACAGAGAGAUAAGACGUUUAUUCCCAUCAGAAUGGAAACGAGCAAUGUGCCAAUUGGACAGUAGAAAUUGUGGAGGGUUUUUUGUUGGUAAGAAAUUUGUUGGAUACACUAUGUUUGAUAACAAUUAUGGCGGAAAAAUGAGAAAAAUGAGUAAAACUGUACCGAAAAUAGACAACUAUGAAAGAGUACCAUACGAUCCAAGUAAUUAUGUAAAAUGGCAUCAUUGAACUUAAACAUGUCAUCAAAAUAUUACUUAUUGAUAUUAUAGAUGAACAUUAUUAUUUAUUACUGAAUAAUAAUUAAUAAGUUAUAGUAAACUAGUUUAAACACAUUUAGUUACUGAUUUUCAUUAUUUAAGUAUUUAUUAAUAAAUGAACCAUAGUUUUUACUGUUUAAUUUAAUUAAUACAUCUUUAGAAUCAUUAGAAUAAUAUAAAUGUAAAUAUCUUUACAAAAUGUAUCUAUCAAUUAUUAAGAUGUUCAAAAUUUAUUAAAAAUAACGAUUGAUAAAACAAUAAAGAAUAAAUUAGUUUAUAUUUUGACAUAAAAAAAAUAAA